AUGGACAUAAUGGACGUGGACGAAACUUCUGCACCCAGAGAGGGGAAGCCCGUUUUGGUGAUAUUGGUGGGAGCACCGGGAAGCGGGAAAUCCACCUUCGGCGAAGAAGUAAUGCGUUCCUCUACUCGCCCUUGGGUUCGCGUUUGCCAGGACACUAUUGGAAAUGGUAAAGCAGGAACUAAAGCUCAGUGCCUGAGUAGUGCAACUAGUGCAUUGAAGGAUGGGAAGAGUGUAUUUAUUGAUCGGUGCAAUCUUGACAGAGAACAGCGGUCAGAAUUUAUAAAGCUUGGUGGUGGACCCCAAAUAGAUGUUCAUGCAGUUGUACUUGAUCUUCCUGCUAAGCUUUGUAUUUCUCGAUCAGUCAAACGAACUGGGCAUGAAGGAAAUUUGCAGGGUGGGAAAGCUGCUGCAGUUGUGAAUAGAAUGCUUCAACAUAAAGAGCUUCCCAAAUUGAGUGAAGGCUUUAACCGGAUAACAUUCUGUCAGAAUGUGGAUGAUGUAAAAAAUGCUAUUAGCACGUACAGCACACUAGGGCCACUGGAUAGUCUUCCACAUGGCUGCUUUGGCCAAAAGAAUCCAGAUUCCAAAAUUCAAGUUGGUAUAAUGAAGUUCCUAAAAAAAGCAGAGGUCCCACUUGCUGCUGCAUCUACGAAGAGUGACAUUGAAGAGCCUACUUCCCAGACUCCAGGGAAAAAUAAUUCCUACUGCAAAGAAAAGGAAACACUUGCCUCAAUUCCAGAGAAUGCCAACUUAGAGACGAAGGAAGUAGAAGGCCAAGCAGUUGGCUCUGCAGGUUCUCAUGACAAUCAAGUUUGUCUGAAUGAUAUCCCCACUCUGGCAUUUCCAUCUAUUUCAACGUCUGAUUUUCAAUUCAACCUUGAGAAGGCAGCGGAUAUUAUUGUUGCGAAGGUUGCAGAGUUCUCUAGUAAGUUUAGCAAUGCCAGACUUGUUCUUGUUGACUUGUCUCAUAAGUCAAAGAUUCUGUCCUUAGUUAAAGCAAAAGUCGCAGAAAAAAACAUCGACACCCAAAAGUUCUUUACCCAUGUUGGGGACAUUACUCAUCUUUAUUCCAGGGGAGGUUUGCGAUGUAAUGCCAUUGCUAAUGCUGCCAACUGGAGGUUGAAGCCUGGAGGUGGAGGUGUUAAUGCAGCAAUUUUUAAUGCUGCAGGUCCUGAACUGGAGUCUGCAACAAAAGAAAAAGUAAAAUCUCUUUCACCUGGGAAUGCUGCUGUUGUCCCUAUACCCUCUUCUUCUCAUUUGUUCACCAGAGAGGGUGUAACCCAUGUAAUACAUGUUCUUGGACCUAAUAUGAACCCACAGAGACCAAAUUGUCUAAAUAACGAUUAUAACAAAGGCUGCAAAAUUCUCCAAGAUGCUUAUACUUCACUUUUUGAAGGUUUUGCAUCUAUUAUGAAGAACCAGCCAGGGCAACAAGUGGGAAGAAGCGAAAAGCUUGAAAGGAAGUCUUUGGACGUGCCAGUUCGGUCUGAUUAUUCUUCCAGAAAAUAUUUCACAAAUACUGAUCAAAAGAGUAAGAGAGAUGAUGAUCAUGGAUCAGAGAAAAGCAAGAAAUACAAAGGAACUCAGGAUGGCUUAGGAUUGACCUUUCCUGAUUCUAAGGAUGAAAAGGUAGAUUCAGAGCAUAGAAGAACUGAGAGGAGCAUGAGUAAGGCUUGGGGAUCAUGGGCUCAAGCUCUUCACCAAAUAGCUAUGCAUCCCGAAAAGCAUAAGGGUGACUUGCUUGAAAUUUCUGAAGAUGUUGUUGUAUUGAAUGAUAUGUAUCCCAAGGCACGGAAGCAUGUUCUGGUGUUGGCCCGAACUGGGGGUCUUGACUGCCUUGCCGAUGUCCAAAAGGAGCACACUCAGCUAUUGAACAAGAUGCAUGAUGUGGGUUUAAAGUGGGCUGAUAAGUUCUUGAACGAGAAUGCUUCUCUGGUAUUUCGUCUUGGAUAUCAUUCGGCACCAUCGAUGCGGCAACUACAUUUACAUGUUAUUAGCCAGGACUUCGAAUCAACACAUUUAAAGAAUAAGAAGCACUGGAACUCGUUUAACACCGCUUUCUUCCGUGACUCAGUAGAUGUAAUGGAUGAGAUCUCUAGUGUUGGGAAGGCAGCAUUGAAAGAUGAUGACAAGCUACUGUCUAUGGAGUUGAGGUGCCACAGAUGUAGAAGUGCACAUCCUAACAUACCCCGCUUAAAAUCUCACAUUGGAAGCUGCCAAUCCCCCUACCCUACUCACCUACUUCAGAAUGGACGUUUGGUGCCUGCACCGGGGGAACCUCGCAACAGUGUCCAGUAG